AAGUGGAAUCUCGGGUGGAUAUUCGCACCUACAAAGUGGUGGCGUAGACGCUGAGUAGCAUAAUAGUCAUUUCGCGCUAAUAGUCAGAUCUCAGACGAGGCACUUGAACAGGGGUAGUUUCGGGACUCCCAAAUUAUCCGCUUCAAAUAAAUAAACCUUCAGUUGCAGUUGCUUCUCACACAAACGUGAGCACCUUUUGUUCGUCCCAGAACGAACUGCUCCAAAACAGGACAGAGAAACAAACCUUCAUUCAUAUUCAUCAUAUAUAAAGAGAAAGAGAAGAGAGAGAGACGGAGGCAUAAGCACUUUGCGAAAGCUGGCUCGGACAAUCUCGGGUUGCCAAAUCUUUGUACUAUUGAAGGGAGGAAAAUUUAUUAGCCUUAAUGGGUUCAACUGGAGAGCCUGCCCCAGAAAUAAAAUACAGCAAGCCCCUAGGAAUACGAUUUGUGGAGUACGUUAAAGGAUCAGCCAUCUCGUACAAGACUCAUCAAGCCAUUGUCCUAAUAAUAACAUUCUUCGCAUACUUGGCCUACCAUGCUACAAGGAAAACUACCAGUGUGGUGAAAAGUGCUCUUGAUCCACAAUCCCCUGAUGUAGCCUUGCAAUUGCAAUCUAUCUUCUUUUGGAGACGGGCUGAUUCUCACAAGCCGCUAGAAAGACCUAGGAAUUCAUUGGCUCUUGGAGUUGGAGCUGGUUGGGCUCCCUUUAAUGGUUCUGAUGGAACGGCAUUGCUUGGGGAGCUUGAUGUGGCUUUUCUGUUUGUAUAUGCUACAGGGAUGUUCUUUUCUGGACAUGUGGGAGAUAGGAUGGAUCUUAGAGUAUUUCUAACCAUAGGAAUGGUUGGAACCGGUUUGUUUACUGCCCUUUAUGGAGUUGGAUACUGGGCAAAUAUACACAUGUUCUAUUACUAUUUGAUUGUCCAAAUGCUUGCCGGAUUAUUCCAAUCAACUGGAUGGCCGUCAGUGGUUGCGGUUGUUGGAAAUUGGUUUGGGAAAAAGAAAAGGGGACUUAUAAUGGGUAUAUGGAAUGCUCAUACUUCUCUUGGUAACAUUACAGGUAGUGUAGUUGCUUCAGUAUUGUUGAAGUAUGGCUGGGGUUGGUCCAUGGUUGUUCCUGGUUUUGGUAUUGUGUUUGUUGGCUUGGUGCUAUUCUUUUUCUUACCAGUUAGCCCUGAUGCUGUUGGAGCUAAUAUUGAUGAUCACGAUUUGUCAUCUCCCAAGAAAGAAGGGGAUGAAUUAGCAGUACCAUUGUUGAACAUAAACUCGGAUCACAGAAAUGCUGUGGGAUUCCUAGAAGCAUGGAGAAUUCCUGGGGUUGCUUCUUUUUCCCUUUGCCUUUUCUUUUCUAAAUUGGUGGCCUACACAUUCCUCUACUGGCUCCCGUUUUAUAUUAGUCAUACAGCCAUUGAGGGGAGGUACUUAUCAAACGAGGAGUCUGGUAACUUGUCUACAUUGUUUGACGUUGGAGGGGUGGUUGGUGGAAUCCUGGCAGGCCACAUUUCUGAUCGUUUAGAUGCAAGAGCCAUAACAGCAGCAAGUUUCAUGUACUGUGCCAUACCGGCUCUCUUCUUUUACAGAAACUACGGGCACGUGUCCAUGACUCUAAACAUCAUACUCAUGCUGAUCACCGGAAUGUUUGUGAAUGGGCCAUACGCUCUUAUAACAACUGCAGUAUCUGCUGAUCUGGGAACACACAGCUCAUUGAAGGGAAACUCAAGGGCUCUAGCCACGGUUACUGCUAUAAUUGAUGGAACAGGAUCAAUCGGUGCUGCUGUUGGGCCAUUGCUAACAGGAUAUAUAUCAACUAAUAGCUGGAGUGCAGUUUUUACAAUGCUAAUGGGUGCAGCUCUUAUAGCUGGUUUGCUUCUCACGAAGCUCGUUAUGGCUGAGGUGGCUUCGAAGAUUCAAGGUGCAAGGACACACGAGCUUCCUAGGUCAACACCUUCUGAAUUGGAGGUAUGAUCGCUCUAUAAUGCCGGGAAGAUGUUCUGUUUUGUCGUGCAUACAUGUGAUGCAUACUAAUCUAGCUUCUUGAGGUGCCUAAAUCAAUAUGAAAGAAGGUGGUUAGAAGCAUUCGAGUUUCAAAUGUAGACACAACCUUUUGCCUAUCCUCCAUUAUUUGAAAUUGUCGUGGGCAGAAGUGAUGAUUUUUCUGUACAUUAUAGUUUGAAUGUGGGAUCAUUCAUUGCCCUCCCAAGAAAAAAGCCAGAGGAAUUUAGUGAUCCUACAGAGAAUGUAGAUUUUUCCUGUUAUAUGUAUUUUAUAUAAAACAGUUCUUUUAUUUA